AUGGAUGACAAACAACAGCCUAUGAAGUUCUGGUCGUUCUGUAAGGUUGGUGGUGGUAUAAGUUCGAGCGAUCUCAGGCAGAUUCUUCAUCUUACUGAUGGUAAAUGGCAUGAUUGGGAUCCCAAGAGACUGCCCAAUGAAUACAUGGAUAUUGGGCAUCCUAAAGAGCUUCCCGAUGUCUGGAUUAAACCCUCCGAUUCGAUUGUAAUUGAGGUCAAAGGAACACAGCUGAUUACUAGUAACGAGUUCCGUACAACACAGACCUUACGAUUCCCUCGUUUCAAGGGCCUGCGAUCUGACAAAACCUGGGAAGAUUCAAUGAGCUACAAGGAGUUUGGCAGUAUUCGAAAGGAAGUCAACAAAAUCGAUGAAAAGAACUCUGAAAGACCCAAAAGAAAAGCGGCGGUGAAACGAACUAAAGUGACCUUACUUGAAGAUAGUAUUGGAAAGGUCAGCCUAGCUAAUGUAGCUCUAAAAGAUGAUGUGUUUCAUAAACAGCCGUUUUAUGUGGUGGAUGAUGUCACUACUCCAGACUUUAUUAGCAAAAGAGAUUUAGAAGUUCUCAUCAAGGAGAAUGGUGGUACAAUUACUCAAUCAAGCUCCACACCAGAUGUUUUGGUUGUUGCUGAUAGAGAUUUACCAACAGUGGUGGGUGUUAAGAAAGCUAAAUCUGCAGAUGUGAUCAAAGCACAUUGGAUUCUGGAAAGUGUUAAGAAAAAGCGAGAACUUCCUUUUGACUUGAGUGACUUUUAUUAUUGCCGGGAACAGACCAUUGCUACCAUUUCAGCAAAUUCAGAUGAGUAUGGUGACUCAUACAUUCGUGAGAUUACAGUAAAUCAGCUUAAACAAGUAAUGGAAGAUAUUCCGUUAAUAACCAAUUCGUCAGUGGAUGAUGUCGAGCUGAGAGAUUUAUUAAUCGAUCUGAUAGAUAUUGGUUCGGGGCCAUUUAAAGGGUUGCUAUUCCCUCGAUAUCACUUCUACUUUGAUCGGCCAAGUCUAGCUAUGCAAAAUGGGUUGGCACAAGCGCAAACUGAUAAAAAGCAUAUUGAGGACGAUUUUGACUUUGUUCAGACGUAUGCUGAGUUUAAUGGUGCAACUGUGAAACCAAGUCUUCAUGACAUAUCUCUGACACAUAUCAUUGUUAAUGUCGAAGAUAAGAAUCGUAUCGCAGCUAUUCGAGCCCUGAUGAUGGCACGACCAAAGAUGGUGCAUAUUGUAGAUAUAUCGUGGAUUCAGCAGUCUUGGGAGGAAGGUACUACCCUGGCUGUCGACAAAUUUGUCGUAAAUAAAUAG